AUGAAGGGUGUACAACAUUUUAGUAGAUGGGGCAAGCUUGCCCCUAGGUACAUUGGUCCGUUCUUGAUGUCGAGCAUACACGAUGUGUUUCAUGUUUCUAUGCUUAAGAAGCAUCUACGCAACGAGGAGGAGAAGCGAGUGUUGGACGCACCGGAGGUCGAGAUUCACGAUGAUUUGACUAUGAUUGAGAUUCUGGUAUGCAUUCUUACCAAGGAGAAAAAUAAGCUUAGAAAUAAGAUGAUACACUUAGUUAAAGUUCAGUGGAACCGGAGAGGAACUGAGGAGACUUCUUGGGAGCACGAGGAGGAUAUGCGUCGGGACUUCCCACACCUAUUUGAGCAGGUUGAUCAGAGAUUCGGAGAGCCGCGGGAUGACGGAGUUCUAGCAUAG